AUGACGCGGGGGAGGUCGAGGACAGAGUUGACGACGACGGGGGUGAGGCUGCCAAGUCGUUGGGGCGUGCGGCCACUGGGUCUCCGUCACAUGUACCUACAAGGCUGUGGGGAUGCCGUCGCGUGGAUCUAUCGGGGUGUGGUCGCGUGGCUCCGUGUCCGCCGGGGUGCUAUGACCGUCAGCCCGUCAGGGCUCUAUGGCCGCCUUGGCAAGGCUUCAAGCGUACAAAGUUGGAGGCCUCGGGGUGUGAGUGGAUGA